UCCCAGCGCUGGGGUUCCUGGGCAGGGAUCCCCUGGGCCGCAUCAUUGGCAUGCGGCUCCUGGCAGGACUGCAUCACUGCUAGGGGAGAUGCCAGCGCAGAGCCGCGCUGCGCCGCUCGCCGCGCUGCGCCGCCCCGGCAGCCGCUCCGCCGACAACUUGGGGUGCCCAAGGACAUGACCUUCAUCAGCACAAUGAAUCAGGAAAAACCUGUCAAAUCCUCCUAGUUCUCUGGCUGUGCAAUUUGCUGUUCCCUUGCUGUUCCCCAGACAGCAGCUCUUGUCACCCGAAACACAGAAGCCAGCAAGUCACAAAUGACAGCUGAAAAGUGAAGCAUUAUCAAAAGCUGUGUGAGACUCUGUCAAAGAGAACCUUUAUAUAGUAAUUCUCCUCCUGAGCCUGGGAAGCUGUGUAUCCCAUCCGUGCAAGGAACAGAGAAAAGAUAUGUUCAAGUAACCAACACCAGAAAUUGCACAAAUCUAUACAUAUUUUAGAGUCUCUACACACUGUCAUCUACAGCAUUUAGGAUUCUCCAUUCAGAAUGGAUGAUGGAUAUAGAAACACAAACCAAGUCUCAGAUGACUACAGGUACCAGGAUGGUAACUACGAUGCUCCCAAUGAUGGCUACUACCGUGGCGGGGAUGAGCCCACUCAAGAAGAAGAUGCCCAGAGUGAUGUUACAGAAGGCCAUGAUGAGGAUGAUGAGGUCUAUGAGGGGGAGUACCAAGGGAUCCCACACCCUGAUGACAUUAAAGAGAAGCAGAAGAAGCGAGCUCCUGCCGUGGAUGAUGAGUACAGAGACCGUGCCGACCUUAUGGCUGAGAGGAUGGAGGACGAGGAGCAACUUGCCCACCAGUACGAGAACAUCAUUGAGGAGUGUGGCCACGGACGCUUCCAGUGGACCCUCUUCUUUGUUUUAGGCUUGGCACUGAUGGCAGAUGGGGUGGAGGUGUUUGUGGUUGGAUUUGUUCUUCCCAGUGCUGAGAAGGAUAUGUGCUUGUCCAGUUCGAACAAAGGGAUGUUAGGCUUGAUAGUCUACUUAGGAAUGAUGGUGGGGGCUGUCUUGCUGGGCGGCCUGGCUGAUAAACUGGGAAGAAAGCAAUGCCUCAUCAUAUCACUUUCAAUCAAUGCUGCCUUUGCUUUCCUCUCCUCCUUCGUCCAGGGAUACGGAUUCUUCCUCUUCUGCCGCCUUAUCUCAGGCCUCGGUAUUGGGGGUACCCUCCCCAUCGUGUUUGCCUAUUUCUCUGAAUUCCUGUCUCGUGAGAAGAGGGGGGAACACCUGAGCUGGCUUUGCAUGUUCUGGAUGAUUGGUGGCAUUUAUGCUUCAGCAAUGGCUUGGAGCAUCAUCCCGCAUUACGGCUGGGGGUUCAGUAUGGGAACCAAGUACCACUUCCACAGCUGGAGAGUCUUUGUACUCGUGUGCUCUCUGCCCUGUAUCGCCUCCCUGGUGGCACUGAAAUUCAUGCCUGAAAGCCCACGUUUUUUGCUGGAGAUUGGUAAACAUGAUGAAGCCUGGAUGAUCCUCAAGCAAGUUCAUGACACCAACAUGAGGGCCAAAGGCGAGCCAGAGAGGGUGUUUACGGUUUCCUAUAUCAAAACUCCAAAGCAAGUAGAUGAAUUUAUUGAAAUCCAGAGCUCAACUGGGACCUGGUACCAGCGGUGGCUGGUCAGAAUCACGACUACUUUAAAACAGGUCUGGGACAACGUGCUAUAUUGCUUAACAGCCCAGUACAGGAUGAACACACUGAUGCUGGCUGUGGUUUGGUUUACAAUGGCCUUAAGUUACUAUGGCCUUAUUGUUUGGUUCCCUGAUAUGAUCCGGUACUUCCAAGACGAGGCAUAUGAUUCGAGAGUGAAGAUCUUUGAGGAGGAAGAAGUGUCCCACUUCACCUUUAAUUUCACCCUGGAAAACCAGAUCCAUAGAAAUGGGGAAUACAGGAAUGACAAAUUUAUUGGCAUGAAAUUCAAGGAAGUAAAAUUUGAGGAUUCGUUAUUUGAGGAUUGCUACUUUGAAGAUGUGACAUCCAGUGAGACCUUCUUUGAAAACUGCACCAUCAUCUCUACUGUCUUUUAUAAUACUGAUCUCUACGAACACAAAUUCAUCAACUGCAGGCUCAUAAACAGCACGUUCAUGAAGGAGAAGGAAGGCUGCCACAUCGACUUCGAGGAGGACAAUGAUUUCCUGAUCUACCUGGUCAGCUUCCUGGGCAGUCUGUCUGUCCUGCCAGGCAACAUCAUCUCUGCAUUGCUCAUGGACAAAAUUGGGAGGAUAAAGAUGAUUGGUGGCUCAAUGUUGAUCUCAGCAGUGUGCUGCUUCUUCCUCUUUUUUGGCAACAGUGAGUCAGCAAUGAUUGGCUGGCAAUGCCUCUUUUGUGGGGCCAGCAUCGCUGCCUGGAAUGCCCUGGAUGUCAUUACCGUGGAGCUCUACCCCACAGACAAAAGGGCAACGGCCUUUGGCAUCCUCAACGGGCUUUGCAAGUUUGGUGCCAUCCUGGGCAACUCCAUCUUUUCCUCCUUCGUAGGGAUAACCAAGGUGGUUCCCAUCCUCCUGGCCUCCUCCGCGCUGGUUGGAGGUGGCCUGCUCGCUUUGCGCCUGCCAGAGACUCGAGAACAGGUCCUGAUGUGAGCAACAGAGGCCUAGGGGUUUGUGGGGGGGGGGGCAGACAUAGAAGAAGAACAAAAAAGAGCCAUGUUUGGAAAACCCAAAAUGUUCAUUUCUACACCGUUCUGUCGAUACCUCAAAGCGAGAUGGCAGAGGGAUUGAAGGGCCCGAAGGGAUAUAAGCAAAACCCCGUAGUUUCUGACCUUUUUUACAGCCACGACUGGUGCAUGCAGCUCCCACACGCCCCUUGCAGAGCUUGGGUCCAACCUUGCCUACGCUGGGAGCCCACCCUGUCCCUCCCCAUCCCACUGUAAGGACACCAGACGUGACAGCGGCUCCGUGCAUGUGUGCGCCUGCGUGGGCGCGAGCGCGUCCGACGGGAGAGCAGACCCUCACCCCCUCCUGCCUUUGCCGAGCUGUGAGAUACUGCCCGCCCUGCCCAGCACUGCUUGGCAAUCCAUAUCAGCUGUGCUCAGACUCGAAGGGCAUCCCAGGGGAGGCAGGUAACAAACUGCUGUAGGUGAGCUCCAGCAACAGGGACAAGAGCUACAAAUGUGGCCAGUGACCCACUGUCUUGAUUUUGGGGUUACCACCUCAACCGCCUGGAAGAGUGAGAGGGUCCUGAUUUCCAGAAGAUUCAAGGAUGGGUGCUUGGCUCUCUCAGAAGACUUAGAGUUUCAAAGCCCUUUACUGUCUUCACUUGGGCACAGAAAAUCACUAGGCACCUUCUUGGUCUGAGAGAGAAAUAUCUACGUAAUUUGAUAUAUAUAUAUAUAUGUAUUUACACAUACUUGCAAACGUGUAUACACAUUGAAGUGGUCAGCUAUUAAAAUUUAGAAUUUUGAAUUUCUGCACCCCUAAGAAGAUUUUGAGACAUUAAAACUAAUCCCAAUAAUUCAAGAUUAUCUGGAGUCAUGAUCCAACUUAGUGCCACUUCAUUCUUUAUAUCCAGACACCAAAUAUUUCAAUGUAUUGAUGGCUGGGAAUAUAUAUUUCUAUAAUGAUUAAUUAGUUGUAGUUUUUUGCCUACAACUUUCACAGAGGAGAAAUUGAUAUGCUGUUGGAGCAUUCCACAAACCAAAUGUGUACAUAUUAUCCAGUGUAAAUAGGGUAUUUUUGCCUAAUACCUAGAGUAUGGUAACUGUGAAUUUACCAGCAUUUUAGCCAUAUUAUUUAAAGAAUAUGAUGCUUGAUUUUCUAAUAUACUUGGGUCUCAUUGAAGCACUGUAAGCACAGUUACUUAAAGCCAUUUAACUUGUUACACAGGGAAUGCACACAGCAAGCUUUCACUGUACAGAACAUUAAAUUCUCCAUUAAGUGGCACAGUUUAGUUUGAUAUCCUGUGAAGAACAUUUUUGAAAUUUGUGUGCCCUUUUUAUCAUACAAGUCCUGUUGCACCUAGAAGCAAAGUAAGUUGUGUAUUUUAGAGUAUGUUCUCUUGGGAAGCCAGAAUAAAAUGUAUCCUGUUCAAUAACACACCAGUGCUCACAAUAGAGGAGAUAACACUAAUUAGAUCAUUUCAAGAAACUCAGCAAUAGACCAGAAUUGAUAAGAAACCAUCACACAGUGCAGGGAAUUUGCCGCACCAGGAUAUUUUGUGACAUAAAAAGGUCUUUUGUACUUUUGCUCCUGAUCUUCCUAUUUACGUUCCUUUGGAUCCUCUUUGUUGCUUCCCCCCCCCCCCCCUUGUUUGUUUGUUUGGUU